GAUGGAUUAAAGUUUGAGAUUUUGUAAAUUUCAAUAAUUCUAGAAUUACGAAGGGAAGAGAAGAGAAGCAGCUGCACUGCAUCACUAUGGCGAUGGCGCUGCCAUACCUUCUUACUUCCAUUACCGCCCUUCUUCUUCUUCACGCUUCGCUUUCUGCUUCUGCCCAAUCAAUCCACCAUGAAAUCAACCAAAUCAACGUCAAAAUCUCUCAGUUAGAAUCGGUUCUCGAGGAAACCAAUAAAAGAUUGAAGGAAAGCGACGUGUACAUGGAGGAGUGUGAUAAGCGAAUGAGUGAAUUGUUGGAUCAAAUCCACCAUCUGCAAUCUACUCUCUCUACAAUGAAGGCUGAUUCAUUGCUUGUUGAAAGACAGAAUAAAGCUCUGGAGGAAGAGGUACAACUUCUUUGGCAUACCUUGAGAAGGAACAACUUUGAUCUUCAUAUUUUGAAAUCUAAGGCACAAGAAACUGAGGAGAGACUAGAGGAGGUCACUUCAAAAGUCGAAAAGAUGGAUGCCAUUGUGAAUGAACAGUGGAUUCAAGUUCAGCAUCUCGAGCAGGCUCUUCACAUUACCAAAAUGAGGACUCUAAGGGCUCGAAGGCUAACAAGCGUUACAAGAUGCACAUUCUUGAAGUUUUUCAACAUCCUUCUUGAUGAUCUUCGGACACUUUAUUCAUAUGUAUUUGGCGAAAGGACUGCAGCCAGUUCACUCAUCUCACAGGCUAUGGAUAAGUUGAAGAGAUGUUUUGCACUAACAAAAAUGUAUCACCAUCAGGAUGGGAAGUUCAUUCAGUGCUUCGGGAUCACGUUAUUCCGGCAUCUUCAAGGUUAUAUCAAAGAUCAGAUGGAGAAAAAUGAAUUGACUGCAUCUCUUGCAAAUGAUGAAUUAGUCUUCUUCCUGGCUUCUGCUCUAAUCAUCUUUCCGUUAAUGAGUGCUUGGAUGUUGCUCUCUUCGUAAUUGCCAUGCUGGCAAGGUUUUUCUUUUUAACUGAACAGGAAUACCGCUUUCUACAGCGACUACUGAACUUUCUUCAAACGCUUUUCUCUACAGUGAUGAUAGAUUAGUGUAGUUUUGAUAUUGUAUCAGUGUAUGGUUGCAAAUAGCCGAUAAUAGUAGCAUUACGUGCAACUUUAUUUCUUAUACAUAUCCCUCUGGAAAGUAAAUCUAAAGAGAUGGAUGAAUUACCCGUGUUUCCAAAUACAACUAGUAGGGGAAGUUACAAUGAAUAAUAACUUUGGUAAGCUUGUAGUUUUA